AUCAGGCCUUCAGCUAGGCCACCAAUUCCAUUUCCUACCUCCCGGACGUCAGCCAGUCGGUUAGGGAUGUCUUCCUGCUGUUUUCCAUUACCAAGCCUGAGAAGUAAACCUUUGUGCUAAUGACUAUAUUCUGAUAUAAUUAUUAAAGGCAGAUCUUUAAGCUUGGAAAAACCAACAUAUAAGAGGCGUCGGUACCGACCCAUACUGAUCGGCUUGCACCAGAAAGAAAUACGCAGUAUAUACAAAGGGAACAAUAGGCCAACUUUACCUCUCUGCAAGUAACUGUUGGAUAGGCGGAAAUGCUAUAAUCUCAGCAAGCAAAGAGGAGACUGCGCAUCUUAAUGUGUUUGUGACCAGGCAUCAUUAUAGCUGUCCAUAACUAAAAUGGAAGCCGCUGCGGAAGAUGCAUCCAAGGCCCGACAAGGCAACCCCAAGGGACCCUACGGCACGUUCAGGCCUGCGACGGCUCCACCCGCUCGUGGAAAGCCUGAAGCACCUAUUGACGAUCCGCGACAUGCCGAGGACUCCCCCAUGCCAUGGCUUCGGUACUUCUUUCCAAAGGAUUUUAAUCUGCGAGAAGGUCAACCAGUGGAACCGUACUACCAAUUCUUUGACGUAGUUGUCCAGCCGCUGCAGGAGGAUACUGCCAUUCCGCCCCCGGAAUGGGCCCCCAAUGCCUACUUCCAGCUCAGCUUCACUCAGAUGCACAUGCCGCCUGACAUGGUGCUCGCAACCCGCAUCCCCAAGCCCUCACCACCUCCUGGGGGAGCCAUUGACCUCACCAAGGACAACGCCCUGCUGCUGAAGCCAGGCAACGAGCGCAUCAUGGCGGAGAUUCUGGACUUCUGCCGCAGCAUUGCCACGUUCCGUGCGCGCACCUGGAAGGAUGCCAUGCCGCUGGUGGACCUGCUGCGCGGAGUCCUCAUGCACUUGCUCAACCACUACACCUUCGGCGCGGCACUGCUGAAAGAGCAGGCCAAGAAGGACGCGGAGGCCGCCCUAGCGGCUGAGAAACUAGCCCUGAAGGACUGGUACGCGCAGCAAAUUGAGGAGAACAUGGUCAAGGCGCGGGCUGAGUACGACCAGAAGCUUGAGGCGCUGAAAGAGGAGAUGCGCAUGACGCUGGCUGAGGAUCUGACGCUGCAACUACGAUCGGAACGUGAAGAGAAAAACCAGCUACGGCUACAGGCACAACAGCUGGAGGUACAGCUACGCAAGGCCCAGGAGGCGUCCGCUACACUACAACGGCAGAUAGAGCACGGACACCAGCAGCUCGAGUUGGAAGCGCGGCGACGCCAGGAGGUCCUGGCCGCCCGCGACGCCCAAAUCUCAGCGCUGCACGAGCAGCAAGAAGGGCUGCGGCGACGGUUGGUGGCCGCGCAAAACGCUGUGAUUGAUGCGCUAAACGCGAAAACCAAGGAGGACGCGAUGAACGUUGCCUUAACGGCGUUGGCAGGCGCGCUGCCAGUAGGCACUGCCGCGUACGUGGCAGAGUUGCGGACCGCAGCAGAUGUGGAUAACGACGACCCAGCUGCUGCGCUCGUGGCGGAGGCCGAAGCCGCUGCGGCGGCUGCGGCAGCAGCGGCAGCUGCUGCCGACGCCGAUGGGGAAGGAGGCGCUGUCACCCUGCCGCCGGCGCUAGCUGCGAUGCGUGGCGUGACGCCAGGGUUCAUGAGCAGUCCGCUAGCGGCGGUGGUAGGCGGUGCAGUCCAGGCCGCCGGUGUCAGCGCCGGCGGCGAUGCACGCCCACCCUCGGCAAUCUUGACGUCGGCGCUAUCGGAGAUCAAGGAGACGCUCGUCUUUAAGUACAUUAAAGCUUCGGCUGGGCAGGAGUUCAUGCUGGGGCAAAAGUUGGCAUACGGGACCGGCGUAUCCUGGCGACUGGUGGAACGCGGUAUGGAGAUGCACGUCCCGGACGUGUCAGGGCAGCCGGGCAUGUGGUUCUUCCGUACAACGGAGAAGCCACGAGCGGGCGCAUACUUUGCGGCGCCCAUCCUGGGCAGCAGUGGUGAGGUGGUCGGCAUGCUCUGCGCUGACACCAUUGCAGCAGUGGCCGCGGAGGCGGCGGCUGCCGCCGGAGCUGCCGGUGCCCCCAUCGGCACUCUGGCAGGCGACGCCGCCGUGGCUGCGGCGGCGUCCGCCUCCGCAGCUACAGACAUGGCCUUCGUGCGGGGCCUAGCAAACGCCAUCGGAGUACGUGCUCGGGCGGAUGCAGACGCUUUCGCUGAGGCCAUGCUUGCGAAGGCGUUGGAAGAGCCGGAGGAGCCCCCUGAGUCGCCGGCCGCGCCAUUGGACCCUGAGCAGUUCGUACCAGGCGGUGAGGGCGUCACUGGCGGCCUUAAGCUGUUCUCCGAGGCGCUCAGCAUGCUGCGUGGGCUUACCAACGAGGAGCUCGAGGCGUUGUGCAAUCUGGAUUCGCCCGACGAUGUCACCCUGGCCGUCAUCAAGUCCAUUCUGGCGGCGGUGGGCGAGGUGGGCGCCGACGACUGGACGCACGCCCGGCAGCACAUUAACCGCGAGCUGCUGGAGCGGCUGGUGUCCCUGGACCCGCACCAGGCGUGGGCGGAGUGGCAGGCGCUUUGCAAGGUGUUCCGACCGCUCAACGAGUUAUCGGCGUCUUCACUAGACGCCGUAUCGACAGCCGGGGAGGAGCCGCCUGCCCAGCCCUUCGCGCGUGCAAGCCUGGCUCUGGCGCGCUGGGCAGCUAGUGUCCGUAUCAUCUCUGCGGCGCGCGCAAUGCAGGCGUUGCUCGAGGCCAAGCUCAAGCAGGCAAAUGCGGCGCUCAUGAAGACGUUCAGCGGCGACAGCUGCAAUGCUCUCACGGAGCUGCGGUCGUACCGUGUGCCGCCGCCCUUGACGUUCGGCGUGCUGCAGUGCGUGCUAAUGUUGUCCGGGAACGACGAGGAGGACUGCCGUAACUGGGCGCGCAUGCGCACGCUCUGCAACCACCGGCUAAUCAAGCGGCUGGUGACCCUGCGGCCAGCGCAGGUGCCACGCCGGGUAUUCAAGGCGGUUAAGCGGCUUGUGGGCGACCUCGUGGAGGGGGACGUGAAGCAGGAGAGCGUCGCUACGCUCAGCCUGUACCGCUGGCUGUCAGAGUUCACCCGGCUGGCAUCGGUUGCCUGAUCCUUUGGCGUGCGGCCGCACUGUGGUGUCGCAUUCUUGCAUGUCGGAGUACCUGCAUCGUCGCUGAAAAGGCAGGGGGUUGUGCUUGCGUGAACGGUUGUUGCGCUGCGCAGUCGUGGCGACUGACGAGGCAAUGUUUACCUAAUCGAUAUUUAGGAAGAGCUCCGCCUCACUAGCGGAAGCCAGUUUUGCUUACAGUACCUAGUGGAAUAUGGGUUGCAGCAUAGGUUAAGCGGAAUUCGCAUGCUUGCGCUAACGUCGUACUGUCACCUGCAAGCAAGGUUGGGGCCACUUGGCCAGUUCGUCAUACAUAGCAACAUAGGGCUUGUGGGUCAGAAGACUGGGCUCAAAUGGGGCAUGAAUGCCGUUGUGGUAAUGCCAUGGUAGGUUGCUGCGCUGCUAGUGUACCGGUACUUGGGUGUUAGGAUACUGACGACGCUUGCUAGAAGGAUAGGGAGUGGUGUACUAGAAGGCAAAUGCGGACCACGUCCCAAGCAGUUCCGUGCGUGCAGGUCUUGGUGCAGAAGUGCAUUUGAACACAACAGUGCAUGGUGCCCUGGUACAGCUGACUGUUGUGGAAGACCUUAGUAUAUAUCGGCCUACAAUUGCGAUCGAGUACUGUGCCAGGGUGAAGGGUGGUAAUGUAGGCAAGCAAGCUCCAGUUGAGGGACAGUUUAACGUGACGAAGGCAGAUUGGA